GGUUAAUUGCCCCUUUAUUCAACAACUAAAAAAACAAUAUAUGUGAUGACGAUUCAUUCAGAUAUUAUUAUAUGCCGGCUAAAUCGAUAAAAAUGAUUUAAACAAGAAAGAAAACGACAUUCAGAGUGAGGAGCCCUCACGAUGAUUCAUGAAUGCAUGAGCCAAAUGUGCUGUCACCACCUCUGUUUUUUGUGGGAUGUGCUGGUUGGCAUUGAGUAUAUGCUCGUUGUCGCUUGAAAUGGCCAGUUCAAGUAGUUUUGCUGAGACUGAAUGCUAGCCAAAAAUGCGACAAAAACAAGCAACAGCCUGCGUAUGGCAGACAGUCGUAGCAAGUGCGUAACCGCCCUGAAAAUGCCAGCCGCUGCCUGCGGUAAAGGGGGAGGCAGUGGCAAUGGCAAUGGCAAUGGCAAUGGCAGUGGCAGUGGCAGUGGCAAUGGCAGUGGUAGUGGCAGUGGUAGUCCGCCCACCAUGCAGUGGCAUCUACUGCCCUGUCGCAGAUACUGCAGGGCGUCAACACAGCUAUUAUUUCCAUGGCUCUAUUGGGCAACUGGCCACAAACAAUGAUAGCUAUAAGCCAUUUCACUGCACUGCACUGCACUGCCCCAGAGGGAGGGACAGAAGAACGGAAAGGGGGGGUUGCUCGAGCCCUUCCCCCCCUCUCUCCCCUCGUGUGGCUUUGCUGGUCAACUCAUUGUGCGUGGUGGGCGUGAGAAUUGCGCACGAUGAAGAGGCAGUAGCAAGCGAGGCAAGCAAAAAGAGGAGCACCAACGGUGCCAUCACCCUUGGAGCCAGGGCGCUUUCAAGCAAAGACUGCCGGGCGCCCAAAAAUCGGCCCAGUACGAGAGUUGCGCUGUCAAAUAACUCUGGCCAGGCAGCCGCUGUAACAGACGAUUACACCAUUAAGAUUUAAAAAGCGAGGAAGACAGCUUCCCGCCAAGAGUACUGUAGGCAUUUUUGUGUUUUGGGUGAUUUUUCAUCUCAAAAGGCAAAGGAAAAGAGAAAAGGGAGGAGUUGAGAGCCCACAUGCAGG